AAGGAAGAAAUAAAGGAGGCCACAUGAUGGCGUAAAAGGAGAGACUGUAAAGGGGGUUCGGGAGAACCGCAACACAUUGCAUUGCUACUAGCAACGGUCAUGUUGGCCUGGCAUGCACCUUGUCAUAUUCACCAAAGGCCACAAGAUCGAAAGGAAGAACGUAAGAUGUGCGGUGGACUAUUGACAGAUCGUGUAAGUCUGGCAGCAUUUGGAUUAGGUGUGGUUUGUUGGUCAGCAGCAUAUGCACUACGGCCUGCUAUUUGGAAAACGAUUGAGGUUGUCAGUCGAUUGGCGCAAAUUUCGCAAUUAGGUUCUGGUACUUUGGCCAAUGGAUUGGCAACUUUUUUCUUUCUCUUACUCAAAACAACUCUUUUGGAAUUCUUGCGCUUGUUCAGCGUCUUAUUGGGAAAUUCAUUAAUCUUUGCCGGCCUUUUACGUAUACCCACGCUGGACAGAGAUCUUUUUCAUGACCCCCAAGAUUUACAGCAUCGUUCGCACAAAUGGACUUUACAUUGGUAUGAUCCACGAUUUACGAUUGCUGUUUGGGUAGCUAUUGGAUGGGCGUCUACUGAAUUUUUGGUAACAUCUUGGCAAUGGUUUGACAGGUUAGCUUUGUAUGAGGUCGAUUUUGAAGAAGAGAUUACCAACGAUGUAGAAGCUUAUGUUCCACCGCAAGAUGGUAAAUUACGAGAGUCUGCUUUACAACAACACAGGCUACAAAUGUCUGAUUCCGAUACUGGCGCCGACUAUAGUGAUUCAGCAGCAACUGUUCGUGGCGAGUCGAAACCAACUUCAUCUGCGAACCAAGAAGUUUCUACCGGUGUAGCAAGUGGUGUAGAUACAUUGUCACCAGGAGCAAAGCUACUCGAAGCGAGACGAAGGGUACUCACAGCAGCGGAAGAGAGUGGUUUCAGUAUUCCUCGAAGCGAUGCACCGGAUGAUGAGGCAGAAGAAUUGGGCGCAUUGAGAGAAAAGUUGGACGUAGAGAUGGAUGCUUUAAACAAAGCACGUUCAAGAGUUGAAUUGGAAGCAACUUUUGGACAGCCGUUGACGUCGAUUCCGAUCGUUCUAUGUACGCUUUGGCGUAUUGAUGGCUAUUUAUGGAAUCUUGGAUCAACUUUACUCAUGUCAGCCUCUGUUACCAUAGCACAAGGUCCAUUCAGCGGACAACAUUUUCCACCAAUCUUUCCACCUCUUCAUUUAACAAUCACAACUUUGACUUUUUUGAUCGCUUUGCAUACCCUUUUCACCUCACUUUGGACAACUGGACUUCCUACUUUUGGAUUCGCCUUUGUGACUUAUGCCAGUAUGUUGGCUGGCGUUGGUCUAAUCGUUUCGGCUUCGGCCAGAUGGGGCUUACUUGUAUAAUAGAUUAAAAAUGCAUGAUUUUACAAAGAUGAUUGCAGUGGGUAUGGUACAAUAUUUAGAU